AUGAAGACAAAUUAAACGUAAAAAAUUUUUACAACCUUACUCUAUAUAUUUAGUAUUUUAAGACAUUUAUUACGAACCAUUCAAGACGAUAUUUUCAAUUUUCUAAAAUUUAUAAUAGUAAAUAUGUUAUUGAAAAUUGUUCUUGUUUUAUUUUCACUGGAUGCCUUUUUCGUAAAUGCUCAGAAAAUAGACAUCAACAAAUUUAGUGAUGAACAGGCCAACCGGUUAUUGAAAUCAUUUCAAUGGUUUGGUAAAAGAAACCCAAAUAAUCCAGAUCAGGUUCUUCAUUUAGAUAAUGAUAAAUUACGUUCAUUGGUAAAAAUGUCUGAAAAAGAAAUAGAAGAAAUAUUACUGAAAUACGAUAAAAACAGAAAUGGAGUAUUGGAAUUUAAAGAAUAUCUGAAAAUGAUGACAAAUAAUGAAUUUGAUAUAUUAUCAAGAGCCUUGGAAGUAUUAAACACUAUAGGAGAUGGACACAUUUUACUUGAAGACUUUGAACAAUUUUCGACUGAUUUAAACUAUCCAAAAAAUGAUAGGGAAAUAACGACACUUAUUAAUACAAUUAAAAACGGAAAUGGUUUCAUCUCAAAAAGAAAAUUGCUGGAGAUGAUUGACCUUUAUGAUCAAAAAGACAGGAAAAAAACUUGUUUUCAAAUAAUAGAUGAAUAUUUUAAGGGUUGUUGGAAAUGUUCGAAUUAACAUUGUAAAACUAUAAUAAUAAACGAAAUAAUUAAU